AUAUCUUGAGCACAACAGCUGCCUACCUAUAUACCUACCUAGGUAAGUAACCUAGGCACGUUGGUAUAUAUAAUGUAGGUCUCGUCAAUGAAACUCUCAACUGCCUACAUUUGAGGCCAUUUCUAGCUCUGGCCUCAAUACUAGCACUUGAUUAGUACCUACCUGGGCAUCUUAGAGAUACGAUGAGAGCAACCCUGGAUUAAGAUUAUCUUUAUUUUAUUGUCAGUCUUACAACCCCCCAUUAAACGAGCAUACUGCUUCGAAGCCAGUGCCAAGACAAAUAUAAGCGACCAUGGUGAGACAUUCGAGGAGGAGAAAAGAGAGGGCAGUAGUUGAUUAUAGGCAACGGUGGCCAACCCAGCAAACUUUAUACGAGUCUCGAGUCCUUGACGAAAGGGAACAUAAGGGCAGAUCUAGAUCGCGACGGGUCAAGGCGCUCGAGGCAGUUUCAACACCCCUGCAAUGGAUAAACAUGAAGAUCGAGUCUUAGCAGGACGGCAUCGAUCACCGAAUGGAGCUGAUCGAAUCGCGGAAGCAGAAACGGUCGAGCACGGCGUCUCCUUUUGAAGAUCAUGAUAGGCAGAUAUCCAUGACUGCAAACACCAAGCCUGGCAAGAGCACGCAUCCAUAUGACACUGAAAUGGGACAAGUUGUUAAUACCCGUGCUGAAGACAACAAUGAUCAAUCUCGCCCUCUUCAACAGGCUACAGCCCCAAGAGACCAAGCAAUGAAUACGCCUACCCAGCCACAAAAGGUGAAAAAAGUGAGUUCAUCGCCAAGUCUUGUAUCACAUACUCCUUCAAAUCGCGAGAGAAACAAGGAGGACUAUACCCCGGAAUCUCAGACCGAAGAUAGCCACUCCAGUCGACCUAGGAUCAAAUUUCGCAAUAUGUUAGGAGCAAACAAACACCACAAGGGAAGCUCGAAUACGAACCCCUCGGGAACUACAUCAACAUCUCCACCUCAACCUCCAACGGAGGUUGAGACCAUGCCGGAGACCCAGCAGAGAUCAUGGUGGCUAUUCAAGAAGCAAAGAACUGAGAGCAAAGAUAGCAGGCAUGGAUUAUCCAGUUCAGAAAAAACGGCUACUGUAUCGGGGGAGGAGGAUGCGGACGUCUUGACAGCAUUGUAUAAGCCCGUCAGAAUCUGGAAGACUGCGAGGCAACGCCGCCAAAGCAAAUACGUGAAGGGCAGAGUCACGAAGAAUACCCAAAGCAGCAAAGCUGGGAGUGUUUCAAGGAGGAUGGUGAAAGGUGCUGCAGUGAGACAGGAAGCACCUUUUCUGAAAACAAAACAGAGAGCAAACGAUAUUUCGAGACAGACUCAUAGGACUGUAAUGACUUCAUCGAAAAGGCCGAGACCUAUGCUACAGAGGCAGUACCGAAGAAGCUUGUCUACGUCUCGCACUCAACUGAGCACAACUGGGACCAGUUCGACGCCGGGUAAUGGAACCGCCAACAAAGAAAUGGCACGCGAUGAUUGGCGGGAGACACCGUCUCCGAUAAUACAGAAUAGGGCCUUGCGUGUGUUUCUGGGAGCUAGAGGGUCGCCGAGAAUCAAGUCAGCAACACAGCCAGAACUUAGGGGCAUUGAAGCUACUACCUCAGCAUCGACACUCCAUCUUGAACGACAAAGCCGAGACAGUCGUGCCUUUGAACCUAAGAGCAGGGUUUGGAUCCCGUUCUGGGGUUCACCGAAACCACAGACAGAAGAACUAUUGGGCGACGAUGGGGACAAGUCACCAAAACCUGGAGACACAUCUGAAGCAGGCCGUUUGAAGGUACCGGCUGAGGGCGAAACUACCAAGCAAAAAGACAAGGCAACACGGAAGGGAUGGAGAAGUGGUUAAUGGUGCCGUUGAAGCCCGCAACUUCAUACUGACCUACUAGGUACGCAUCCUACUAUUGCUCAGGUUUGUGCUGUAGAGUAGGUACACUUAGGCAGACGUUUAGUCGGCCUUUUUUCGCUCCCAAAAAGGGGGCGGGGGGGAAGAAAAUAGGGAAAUAGAAAGCUUAGUGCAUACUAUUAGUAGUAGGUAUAAUGCAUACCCUAGGUGUGUAGUACUAGACCAGUAUUUUAAUGGUGGGGUGGAGGGGUUAUGGAUAGUCGGCACCCUCCUGGCCUACAUACCUACCUACCUAGUAGUAAGGUACUUACUUAUACCUAAAGUGAGUACCUAUUUACAUCAUUGAUACUAUAUAGUACGUCAGUUCUAACCAUGAAUAAUAUAGUCCUGGAGAUAAGAGACGGUGAUAACGCAAAUAUCGACAUUGAAGGUUGAUCCUCUCGGUGCU